AAAAACUCGUAAGUCGGGAAACUUGUAAGUCAAGGCCCCACUGUACUUGAUACUGUUUGAACUUGCCAUGCAGUCUCUGGAACACACAUGCUGAGUAACGACUAAGUCCAAGGAGAUGUCUAUGGGAGCUGGGGGUACGGGAUUGCAGGUGUGAGAGAGGUGUGGGAGAAGGAGUGAUGGGCCCUUGGAGAGGGAGUGUGAAUUCAUGGCCACAGAUCCCUGAUUUUAACAUAGAAGGAAUGAAGGUUGAGUCCAUUUCUGGUGAUAACUGGGGAAUUUUAGAGUAAUUCCUGAAAAGACUGGUGUUGUGGCACUGCAUGCCAGGUCCAGAAUUUAGGUGUCAUAUAGGUGCACACCUGCCUGUUGUUGUUGGGCUGAUACAGUGAUCAAUGGGAAUGGGAUAGCACACAUCAGUGUCACCUGGGCUUAAAAAUCUCUACUGGCUUGGGGAAGGGAGAAGGGUAAAAGAGAAAUACUUUACAGAGGAGGUGAGUUAGAAGGUUGAAAAGGUUAUUAGAAAACAGCCCCUCCUCUUCAUGGUGAAUAUGUUUUGCCUUUAAAGUUUUGACUCUGGGAACGAAGCUGUAUGGGAGAAGUGUGAUACAAAGAAUUAUGUGAAACAGGUAGAGCAAAGUGUUGGCCUCAGCACCCUAGGCCUGGAAUCGAAAGGGUGACUAGUGAUACCAUGUUUUUCAGCGUCUUGGAGGGAGAAUUUGUUGGACAAGAAGGAUAUUGCCCCACAAGACCAGUGUCAAAUCGCUCACAUCUCUCUUUAUGGCCAGCAUUUAUCUGUUCCCUGUGUUGGUGACACCCAUUGCAUUGACCCUAAAUGUGAGGCCCUGAUGUUAGGUAUAAUCAGUCUGGGCAUCUGCUCUAUUGCUGUGUGAAGACACAGUAUCAGUAGGAAUAUAAGGAGAGAGUGACUCUGAUGGAUGCAAGGCCUACUAUUUUCUGUGAUGAGGAAGUGGAGGGAGCAGAUGCAUAUGGAGAGUGGGAAAUAUGACUAAAGUAAAAGCCUAGGGGAGAAGCUGAUCAUGGACUGAACUGUCCCCAUCACGACAGGAUAUGGACUUUGAGGAUGUGGCCAUUGCCUUCUCUGAGCAGGAGUGGGCGUUCCUUGGUGAGGCUCAGAGACUUCUGUACUGCGAUGUGAUGCUGGAAGUGUUUGCACUGGUCUCAUCUGUAGGUUGUUGGCAUAAAACAGAUGAUUUGGAGGCCUGUUCUGAGCAGAGUUUAUGUGUACAAGGAGAGUCGCAGGUCAGGGCUUCUGAGACAGCUCCAGCAACCCAGAGGACCCAUCGGUGUAAGUGGUGUUUCUCAGUGUUCAAAGAUAUUCUGCACCUGACUGAGUCACAAGCAACAUACCUUGAGGAGAAAGCCGUCUUCAAUGACACAUGUAUGAGAGACUUCUGUUUGAGUGCAAACCCUCGCCAGCAACAGAGGGAAGCCAGUGGAGAGAAGCCCUGGGAAGAAGCUGUGGACAGGGCCUCGUUUGUGACCUGCUGCAGCUUCCGAUCUUGGGUGCCUUCAAGCAAUGGGGUUGGGAAAAAAGUCUCCCCAGGCAUCUCAGGGCUUCUCCAGCACCAGGCCCCUCUCAACACUGGGGAGCCACACAGUGCAAGUGAGAUUUCAUGGGAAUUUGUGAGUGGAAAAGGUCAUCACAAUUGGGGUGGACAUGAAAACGCUGCCAGCAACAGCGGGAAAGUCAUUCGACAUCAGAGUGUCUGCUCUGAAGAAGUGAAUAAUGAGGGUAACAAAUGUGGGGAAGUCUCUAUACGUACAUUUAACCUCAAUCGACGUAGGAGAGUUCACACUGCAGAAAAGCCCUAUGAGUGUACUGAUUGUGGGAAGUUCUUUAGAAAAAGCACUACCCUCAUUGAACACCGGAGAGUUCACACGGGAGAAAAGCCCUAUGAGUGCACUGAUUGUGGGAAGUUCUUCAGGCAGUGCUCUAACCUAACUCAACACAAGAGAGUUCACACUGGUGAAAGGCCCUAUGUGUGUGGUGAUUGUGGGAAGUCAUUCAGGCAAAAGUGUGCCUUCAACAGUCACCAGAGAACUCACACUGGUGAAAAGCCCUAUGUCUGUGGUGAUUGUGGGAAGUCAUUCAGUCAAAAGUGUAACCUCAAGAGUCACCAGAGAACUCACACUGGUGAAAAGCCCUAUGUCUGUGGUGAUUGUGGGAAGUCAUUCAGUCAAAAGUGUAGCCUCAACGUUCACCAGAGUGUGCACACUGGUGCAAAGCCAUAUGAGUGUAGUGAAUGUGGGAAAUCAUUUGGGUCCAGUCAUCAUCUCCUUAACCAUAAGAGAAUUCACACUGGAGAAAAGCCAUAUCAGUGUAGUGAUUGUGGAAAGUCAUUCAGUGAAAAGUGUAACCUUAAGAGUCACCAGAGAACUCACACUGGUGAAAAGUCCUAUGUGUGUGGUGAUUGUGGGAAGUCAUUCAGUCAAAAGUGUAGCCUCAACGUUCACCAGAGAGUGCACACUGGUGCAAAGCUGUAUGAGUGUAGUGAAUGUGGGAAAUCAUGUGGGUCCAGUCACUGUCUCCUUAACCAUAAGAGAAUUCAAACCGGAGAAAAGCCAUAUGAGGGUGGUGAUUGUGGGAACUCCUUCAGCCAAAGCUCUAUGCUCAUGGGCCACAACAGAUCCCUGUUAUUAGACACCUGUGUGUUUGUCUUCCAGCCCUGCCUUUUAUUGCCUCUACAAUCAGGCAGUUUACAUUGAGUCUCCGAGCCUCGUUUCCUCCCCAGGAAAUAGAUGGUUAAGCCAUGUCAGCUUGCGGAGAGGAUUAAAUGAUAUGAUUCUUGUGAAGCAUUGAAUCCAGGGCCUGGCACGUGUAGGGCACAUUGAGUAACUGUUAGCUCCAUAGCUUCACAAUGUGUGCUGACUGCAGACAUGCAGACAAUGUAGGAAAAGUCUACUUCUUAGUCUUUGUAUCUUUUCAAGUUUUCUUUUUAAAUGAAUAGCAUAGGAUUAUGUAUGUUCUCUCAUAGCCGGCUGUUUCUUGCAAAAAUGUGAAAUUUGUAAAUUAGAAAUAAAACUCUGACAGCUGGAGUGGG